ACUAAUACCACCACUAAACCACUAUGUCUCUUUGUAUUGCUAGUGGAUCCAGGAAGGUUUCCUCGUUUGGUGGAGGUGGUGGAUCAGUCAGAGUAUCCCGCAUAGGAGGAAGCUUUGGUAGUGGGAGUGUAUGUGGUUUGGCUGGGGGAUCCGGUGUCGGAUUAGGGAGUGGAUUAGGAGGGGGAGCAGGUGGUAGCUUUGGUGGGGGCUUUAGUGGUGGUUUUGGUAAUGUAUCAGUUGGAGGAGGCUAUGGAGAUGGCUACUGCCGUAGCUCAUUUGGGGGCUUGGGUAGUGGCUAUGGUGGAGGCUUUAGUGGGGGCUUUGGUGGAGCUGAUGGCAGCCUUCUGUCUGGUGGCGAAAAGGGAACCAUGCAGAACCUUAAUGACCGCCUAGCUAAAUACCUGGAUAAGGUGCGUGCUCUGGAGGAGGCAAAUGCUGAUCUUGAACAUAAAAUCCGGCAGUGGUAUGAGAAACAUGAUCCUGCUGCUGCUGGAUUACGCUAUGACUACAGCAAAUAUUACCAGAUAAUUGAAGAUCUUAAGAAUCAGAUCAUCUCUGCAACUAUUGACAAUGCCAAAUUAGUCUUGCAGAUUGACAACGCAAAGCUUGCUGUUGAUGACUUCAGACUUAAGUAUGAAAAUGAGCUGUUCCUUCACCAAAGUAUUGAAGCUGACAUUAAUGGUCUGCGCAGAGUCCUAGAUGACCUGACUAUGACAAGAUCCAACCUGGAAGCACAGCUUGAAAGCCUGACUGAGGAGCUAGUGUAUCUUAAGAAGAACCAUGAGGGAGAAAUGAAAAGCUUCCAGCAUGGCUCUACGGGUGAAGUGAAUGUAGAAAUUAAUGCUACUCCAGGAGUUGAUCUAACAAAGCUUCUUAAUGAAAUGAGAGCUCAGUAUGAAUACCUUGCUGAGCAAAAUCGUAAGGAGGCCGAAGAACAAUUUAAUAAAAUGAGUCAACAGCUGCAGCAACAAAUCUCUGAUGAUGCUGGUGCAGCAGACUCAGCCAGGCAUGAAAUAACUGAGAUCAAACGUACUCUCCAAACUCUGGACAUUGAGCUACAAUCCCUUCUGGCCAAGAAAUGCUCCCUUGAAGGCACCUUGGCAGAAAUUGAAGGAAACUACAGUUGUCAGCUUUCACAAAUACAGCUUCAGAUUAGCAAUCUGGAGGAACAAUUAAAGCAGAUCAGAUCUGAAAUGGAAUGCCAGAAUGCAGAAUAUGAACAGCUCCUGGGCAUCAAGACACGUCUAGAGAUGGAGAUUGAGACCUAUAGGCGACUGCUCAAUGGAGGAGGCGGCUUUAGAUCUGGUGGUUAUGAAUAUCAAGAAUCAAGAGUUCAAAUCAAAGCAUUACCUCUGCCAGUAAAGAACUCUUCAGAUCUUGGUAAGGAUAAUACUAUUAAUAUUUUAUCUUUAGAACCAUCUAAAACUAGAGUGGUCAAGACAAUUGUUGAAGAGCUGGUGGAUGGCAAAAUAAUCUCAUCAAAAGUCCAGUCAGUUGAAGAAAGGCCAACUAAAUAAGCAACAUGAAAAUGGAACAGAGGAUCCUCUUAUAUGUACCUAUAGACAGAUCCAAAAACAAAGAAGUGUUCUGGACAAAUGUAGAAU